CAACAAUCAACUUAUUUGUCUCUCUUUAACUUUUUAGUUGUCUUUAUACCUUUAGCUGAGCCGGUUGCGUUUUAGCGGGAGAAGAAAAUUGAGAAAACCACUUAAAUAAUGUCGGCCAAACCCAUUUUCUACUACGCCCCCCGCAGUCCACCAUGCCGUGCUGUUCUCCUGACCGCCGCUGCUUUGGGUGUGAAGUUGGAUUUACGUCUAGUCAACGUAAAAGCUGGUGAGCACAAGUCCGAGGAGUUCCUCAAGAUUAAUCCCCAACAUACGAUUCCCGUGCUCGAUGAUAAUGGCACCAUCGUGAGCGAUUCGCACAUUAUCUGUAGCUAUUUGGCCGAUAAGUAUGCCCCGGAGGGUGAUGACUCCCUGUACCCAAAGGAUCCUGUCCAGCGUCGCCAGGUGGAUGCCCGUCUGUACUACGACUGCGGUCAUCUGUUCCCACGCAUCCGAUUCAUCGUGGAGCCGGUGAUCUAUUUCGGAGUUGGAGAAGUGCCCGCCGACAGAGUGGAGUAUCUCCAGAAGGCCUACGAUGGCCUGGAGCACUGCCUGGCUGGAGGAGAUUUCCUGGUGGGCAACCAACUGACCAUCGCGGAUCUCAGCUGCAUCGCCUCGGUAUCCACGGCGGAGGCCUUCGCUCCCAUCAACGCGGACCAGUUCCCCCGUGUGGUUGAGUGGGUCAAGCGGGUGAAGGCUCUGCCCUACUACAAGGAGAACAACCAGGAGGGACUGGACAUGCUGGUGGGAUUGGUCAAGGGACUGCUGGCUGAACGCCAACAGAAGUGAGUUUAAGUACAGGGAGAAUUUGAUUUGUUUCACUAUCAAAAUGUGUUCCGCAAACUACACAGCAUUUUUGCAAUAUACUCGUUUUUUAUCUCUAA